GCAGCGCGCCUCCGCCUGGUCUGUCUUUCCUGCCCCAUGUACCAGUGAGUCGGUCGAACCACGUGCAUGCGUCAGCCGCUCCGUUACUUGUCUACAGACGUCCAGUUCCUCGUGUUUUCGCGGAAACACACGACAACACCAUGGUGAAGUUAGCAAAGGCAGCGAGCAAGCAAUCAGCUCAGAAGAAAAAGGCCCCUCCGCCCCCCAAGGAAGUGGAGGAGGAAUCCAGCGAAGAGGAGAGCAGUGAGGAGGAAGAGGCUCCUCCAGCUAAAGCGGUGAAGAAAGCUACGCCCGCCAAAGCAGUUAAAAAUGGUACUGCUGCCAAAAAGGCAGAAAGUGAAGAUGACGAUUCUGAGGAGUCCGAAGAGGAGGCCCCUCCACCAAAGAAGACCCCUGCAAAAUCAACACCAGCUAAACCCGCACCAGCCCCCGCCAAGGCUGAGGAGUCAGAUGACGACGACGAUGAGGAUGACGAAGAGUCAGAAGAAGAGGCCCCACCACCCAAAAAAGCAGCCAAGCCUGCCAAAGGUGCUGCAAAGCCCCCAGUGAAGGCCAAACCGGCAAAGGAGCCCUCUGACGAUGAAGAUGACGAAGACGAUGAUUCAGAAGAAGAGGCCCCACCUCCCAAGAAGGCUACUCCAGCUAAACCGGCUGCCAAGGCCGCAAAGGCCAAGCCUGCUAAAGAUGACGACGAUGAUGAAGACGACGACGGGGAAGAUGACUCUGAAGAGGACAUGGACACCACUCCUGCUCAACCCGCCUCCAAGGCAAAGAAGGCAGGCAUGGUCAAGGCCAAGGAGGAGUCAGAAGAGGAGGAGGAGGAUGAUGAUGAAGAUGAUGAGGAGGAGGAGGAAGAUGACGAUGAUGAAACCCCAGUGACCCCUGGAAAGCGGAAGGCAGACUCCAAAAAGGACACACCGCCUGCCAAAAAGGCAAAGGCAGAAGGCGAAGGUUUCUGUCUGUUUGUUGGAAACUUGAACUCCAACAAAGACUUUGAUGAGAUCAAAUCAUCCCUGCGGAAGUUCUUCUCCAAGAACAGCCUUGAGGUUGCCGAUGUCCGGUUGGGAGGAUCCAAGAAAUUUGGCUAUGUCGAGUUUGAAUCUGAGGAGGACAUGCAGAAGGCAAUGGAGCUCAAUGGCAAAAAGCUCAUGGGCCAGGAGCUGAAGUUGGACAGGGCCCGGAGCAAAGACACCUCACAGGAGGGAAAGAAAGAGAGGGAUGCACGGACUCUGUUUAUAAAAAACCUUCCUUUCUCUGCGACGCCCGAUGACCUGAAGGAAAUCUUUGAAGAUGCCGUUGAUGUCAGGUUACCCCAAGGCCAGAACGGUUCAAACAGGGGCAUUGCCUACGUUGAGUUUAAAUCUGAGGCCGAAGCAGAGAAAAUGCUGGAGGAGGCCCAGGGAGCUGACGUCCAGGGAAGGUCCAUCAUGGUUGACUAUGUCGGAGAAAAGAGUCAGAAGGGGGCAAAGGUGGCAGUGACAGGAGGAGGAGGAGGAGCCAGUAAAACGCUGGUAGUGAACAAUCUUUCCUUCAGUGCCACAGAGGAAGUCUUACAAUCCACAUUUGAGAAGGCUGUGUCCAUAAGGAUUCCACAGAGAGAUGGCAGACCCAAAGGUUUUGCAUUUGUAGAGUUUGAGAGCGCAGAUGAUGCCAAGGACGCCCUGGAAAACCUCAACAACUCAGAAAUUGAAGGCCGGACCAUCAGACUGGAGUACAGCCAGAACAGUGGUGGCAGAGACGGGGGAAGAGGAAACUCUGGUCCAACAAAAACCCUCUUCGUCAAAGGUCUCUCUGAGGACACGACAGAUCAGACCCUUAAAGAUGCAUUUGAGGGCGCUCACGCUGCCAGGAUAGUCACAGACAGAGACACUGGAUCAUCUAAAGGCUUUGGCUUUGUAGAUUUCGACAACGAGGACGACUGCAAGGCCGCCAAGGAGGCCAUGGACAAUGGAGAGAUUGAUGGCACCAAGGUGACUUUGGACUAUGCCAAGCCCAAGGGUGAAGGUGGCUUCCGCGGAGGCAGAGGUGGCGGUGGAUUCGGCGGCGGAGGAUUUGGAGGUCGCGGUGGCGGCAGAGGUCGUGGCGGAUUCGGCGGUGGAUUCGGAGGCCGCGGUGGGGGCAGAGGUCGUGGUGGAUUCGGUGGCCGCGGCGGUGGUGGAAGAGGAGGACGCGGCGGCUUUGGAGGUGGAAGAGGUGGUGGUGGAUUCGGAGCCAAACCCCAGGGGAAGAAAAUCAAGUUUGAUGACUAAGUCAUUAGUCUAUUUUACUUUUUGAAUGGACUCUGGUUUCAUCUAUUUUCAGAGCUUUUGGACAUUCCAGAAAGCGUCAUUGAUAAAUAUUUAACUGUUUAAUGGGCAUUUUAGCCCUUUAUUUAGAUCCUUCAACCUUCCCCACCCUUGUGUGCCAGAAUGGUACUUCUGACCUUUUCAACUCGAGUACUGCUUGCGAGUACUGAAUGUCCCAAUUGCAAACUGCAGCUCUCGCCCUUACUAGCUUACUUUACCGAAGGAGUAAAAUGGAAUGGGUCUGGCAAAUGAGUUUGCUGUGAAAAUGUGCGUCUUUGUCAGAUACAUUGUGUAAAUUUAAACAGUUUGUAUGAUUUAAUUUUACCUUUUGUAAAAAAAAAAACAACAACCAUACACCUGUAUCAAUAUGUUUUGUUUUUAUUUCUUAUUCAUUUUAGUUUGCUUUAGACGCUACGUUUUACUGUAAUGUGCAAAGCAUAUUUUGAUAGUUUUGAGACAUGGGUGUUUAAAGAAAAUGGCAAAGAUGUUCAUGUUUGUUUGGUGGGGCACAACCAGUGUCUGAGUCAGCGGAAAAAUUACCGUAUCUAUGUAACAUAAAAUAUUUGUAGUGCGUUGACUAAUUUUUCCCAUCUGAGAAUCUGAAGAUUUUCAUGUUAUUGAAUAAAACCUUGUAGGUGGUGAUUUUUAAA